AUGUCAUUGGACGGGGAUCACUACGUCCAGAAGUAUUACAAGCUUAUCAAACUAUUUAUGUGCACGAUAGGACAAUGGCCGUAUCAAGCAAAAAAAUCAGCUAAAAUAUUAACUUUCAUUACUGUUUGUUUUCAAGCAACUUUCAUCAUUCCCCAGGUAAUAAAAUUAAUAAAGGAGAUGAAUAAUACUGAUCUAGUUAUAGAAAUUCUUGCUCUGCUAAUAGACAGUCUUACAAUAACAAUCGUUUUGAACACAAUUAGAAAUGACUGGAAAAAUUUAAAAGAUAAAGAAGAAAUUAAAAUUUUAUCAAAAUACUCUUUGUAUGGAAAAUUAAUGGGAUAUACGUACUGUUGCAUUCUAGUUUCUUCUAGUAUAACUUACUUAUUCCUGCCAUUUAUACCUUACAUCCUGGAUAUAAUUAAUCCACUGAAUGAAACAAGGCCGAGAGAGCCAAAACCCGCGGUCGAUUACUGCAUCGAUGAAGAGAAGUAUUCUUUUUUAAUUUUGCUGCAUUUCACUUUGUCAAUUACAUCAGCCCUAUUACUCAUGUUGGCCAUUGAUACUUUUUUCGUGAGUUGCGUUCAGCACAACUGCGGAUUGUUCGCUAUUCUCGAGUACCGAUUAAAAAGUACUGAAAACUCGGCACUGUUGAAAACAAAUAUUUUCGAUGUGAUCAAAUUAGGAAUGGGUGUAAUGGGUCAGACGAUGCACCUUCUGUACUACUGUAUUCAAGGCCAAUCACUCAUGGAACACAGUGAUACUAUAUUUUAUUCUAUGUGGUACAACUCACCGAUAAAAGUGAAAAAACUCACAAUGAUGAUGAUGAUGCGGUCCGCCAAGCAGUGCAAACUCACAGCAAAAAUGUACGAGCUUUCAUUAUCUACAUUUAUGGAGGCACUGUUGAAAACAAAUAUUUUCGAUGUGAUCAAAUUAGGAAUGGGUGUAAUGGGUCAGACGAUGCACCUUCUGUACUACUGUAUUCAAGGCCAAUCACUCAUGGAACACAGUGAUACUAUAUUUUAUUCUAUGUAA